AGCCCGUGAUGGUCUGAUACCGACAUUACGGCCUUACUUCUUGACAUUGCUCGACACUCAGUACACAACUCUUCACCUGGAAGUUCCGCAACAACAGCAUACAUCAAAUACCGGCGGCAUGGCGGAAUUCCUGAGCGUGGAACUGAUGAUAAUGAUAGCCAAGGAUGUUUUCCUGGUUACAAGAUGGACGUACAACACUAUCCGUACAGCUUCAAAAUACGAUGCAGAGAUUGCCGCGCUGAGGGAGAAGUUUCAUUCACAACUGGUGUUCAUCCGAGCUUUUGCUCAGAUAUUCCUCUCAAAUCUGCCCGCCAACUCGGAAUUGUCUUGGUUGCCCGAUCUAAGGCUGAAGUUUAAGGACCUUCAGAACCUCCUUGAUGGGAGUCGACGACUUGCUCUCAAACAUGAUCCGACUUAUCGCGAAUUCAACGAGUCUUAUACCAGAGCUCUCGAAGGUGGCACGGACUCGCUGCAGGCCCAGCUUCCUGCGGGCCAGGAUCAGUGGCUAAUCGAAGAUGAAGCCGCAGCACCCACAGGCGCACUGGCUUCCUCGAGUAAUACUUUGGUUCUCCCUACGGCCAGCAACACGAAACAUCAGCCAAGUGGUCAGAAGAAGGAGGUUUUCAAGCUGGGCAACUGGAAAGCGAGCUACAAAGCCAAAUUGACGGCGUUCAAAUUUGCAGCCUUUGAAAAACCGAAACUUGAAGCCAUGUUGAAGCAGAUGCAACAGAUCACUGGGGAUAUGAAGCAGGGGGUCCCGUAUAUGAUGAUUGACCAACCUGUGCUCUCUAAGCAUGGGACCCAAGAAAGAUGGUGGCAGAUGCUCGACGAAGCCGGUAAAUCGCCCGAGUUUCGUCGCGAUGCAGAGGCGACCGGUGCCCUCAACUAUGCUGGCAUACAGCGGAUAAAAGAGCUUGGCGAAGACGAUACUACCCCUGAAGAACACCAGCAACAGCUUCGGAGCCUGCCCUUUUCGAAGGACACUCCUAGGCAGUUGUCUGAUGUGACGUUGGAGCCGGAGUAUUGCACCAGACUAUCGGCUGGAAAGAGGAAGGACCACGAUGGUGCCAGCCAGGAUGUCUUGAUUGAGUACAAAGGCUGGUCCGGUGGUGAUAGAGACUUCAGCGCUCAACGCCGGAAGGACAUUGAAAGCCUGGUCCAUGUCCUCGCCUUCGCUCGGCCUCCAUUCUAUCCUAACCUUCUCAGCCUACGCGGCUACGUCGUACAGGAAGAAGAUAAGAGAAUUGCAUUUGUCUUCGACUUCCCUCCAGACAGCCUUUACCAACAGCCACAGUCGUUGAACAGCAUAAUCGAGUCCGAGCCUCCUAUGAAAGACGCUUCAAGCCUCAAAAAUCGCUCCAAAAUCGCACUUGAGCUCGCGAAGUCCUUGGCUGCUCUGCACGCCGCCGGAUGGGUGCACCAAAGCGUGUGCAGUGAAUCAGUCGUUAUUUUCACUGACUCCGAGUCCAAGGUUGCUUACGACAAGCCAUAUCUUGUGAACUUUGAAUUCUCUCGAACUGCCGGAGGCUGGACCAAUCACGCAUCUGCUGCCGCUACACAUCUCAGACGUUAUCAACAUCCUGAGCGUUCGCCGGACGACCCUGCUAAGUACGAGAGGAAGCACGACAUGUUCUCGCUCGGGGUCGUCCUGUUAGAGAUCGGCCUCUGGAAGACAGCCGAGACAAUGUGCCAGCUAAUGGGCGUGGCGGUAGGUAAUCAAAUUUUGGCGAAGGAUGCAUAUCUCGAUCUCGCCGGAGACGAACUUGGACAGGCCAUGGGUGACGACUACAGAGAUGCUGUUGUAUCAUUGCUGUCUGCUAGCGAAGGCAAUAUCGACAAGAUCACAAACGUGAUUAAGGCGUGUCCGAAGUUUGACCCAUGAAUCCCAUCAGCCAAGCAGACAGUGUGCUGAUUGAUGAAUAUGGUUGCUAGGUCAUUUUCGAGAAUGGUCACUUUCAAUGUAUAUACUAUA